AUGGCACAGCAAGAGAAUGCUGUUUGCUUGUUCUUGAAAAGCUGCUUCAGUUGUCUUCAGGGAUUUGCGCAAUAUUUUCUCCCCUUUCUCCAACCGAAGAAGGUGCGCUCAACCACGACUGAUCCAGUUUACCUAAACAAAUGGGCUAUGAAAAAGCUGCAGAUGGCUCUAAAAUCCGAUCCUACAGUCGAUCUACGGGAUUGUUUACCUUUAAAUUAUGAUUCAGUUAUGGGAGUCUUGUCUAGAGCCAGAGCAAAAAAAGAGCAAGAAGAUCAACCACCACCCCCUGAAUUUCGCACUAAAAUCGAUUAUGUUAAUAACGCUGAGGUGGUAUUUCCACUGUCUGACGAUGUCAUCGAACUCCUAUCGCGACAUUCUGAUGGAAAUAAGGAACUUGUGGGAGAGGAACUUUGA